AUGAUGAAUUUCGAUAAUCUCUUUCGAUGUUUUAUAUUAACUCAAUCAUUUGUACGUGGUUGGAGAAAUCCAUUUCAUUUACAAGAAAUUUUUACCUAUCGACGUGAAAAAAUUGGUAAACAAAAAGGUAAUCAAAAUUAUAUAAAUGCUCGAUUUCGUUCACCACUUGCCAAUUAUUUACCACAUUUGGUUCCAUCUCAAGUAGCUAUAGCUCAUUUUCAACUUGUUCUAUGA